AUGCACCGCCUGCUCCAGUGGGACCAAGCAGCAGCAUGUCUCCCACCCCCGCCUGGCAUUAGAUCCAUGGACUACUACGACUCCGACUACCUGGCCGGUUUGGUAGGAAAGGUCCCCCGGCGGGUGCCUCGUGGCUGUCCCGGAUCUGACAGUUCUAUCGGGGAUCACGAGAGAGCCAUAGACUUCAGUCCGUACCUGGAGCCCCCGGCUGGGGCAUUGGGUGCAGGGAGCCCCUCGGCUGCUCCUCCUGGAGACUUUCUGUCCGAUCUCCUGGGCGCAGACGAGUACAAGUGCGGGCGCAAGGGGGCGCUAGAGUACACCGGCUGGGAGAGGACUGGGGGGGUACCGCAGCUGGGGGAGACCAAGGUGGAGCCCGUGUUCGAGUCCCUGGAACCCUACAAGGGUCCCGGGCGGGAGGAUAACGCCAUGCAAUCACCGUACAGUGUCCGCGCCUAUUUGGGUUACCAAACGGUACCGAGCGGGAGCAGCGGCAAUCUCUCCAGCGCUUCGUCCUCUUCCAGUCCCCCCGGCACCCCCAACCCUCUGGACAGCAAGAGCGAGGGCCCAUCAGGAGCCUCGGGAACAGGUUACAGGAAAAGCGGAUCUGGCAAAGCGAAGAAGUCGCUUGACAAGCAGAGUAACGAUUACAAGUUACGCCGGGAACGCAAUAAUAUCGCCGUGCGGAAAAGCCGCGACAAAGCGAAAAUACGCAACAUGGAGACGCAGCAUAAAGUGCUGGAGCUGAGCGCCGAGAAUGAGCGGCUACAGAAGCGGGUGGAGCAGUUGUCUCGGGAACUCGGCACCCUCCGGAACUUGUUCAAACAGCUGCCCGAGCCCCUGCUGGCUGUGACCGGCCGCUGCUAG